CCUAUAUAUAAAAAACAUAUUUUAUUUAAAAUGGGUACCGUAAAUCUGGAGAUGCCGGAGCUGAUCUCGUUGAGUGGUCGCACCAAUCACUUGGCAUUGCCCGACGUAAAGCGCAUUACGGACAUCCGCAAGUUCAUGAGCGAAUCAAAGAAUACAAGUAUUGAGAAACUAACGGAAUUUAUAGCAAACCAAGAGAAACAGUGCCUGGAUAUUACGAAGCUGUUAAAGGAGCAGGUCCAAUUGAAGAUGGAUGCACUGCGUCAGGUGAAGGAGGAUAUGCUAGAUCUACAGCGUCAGCUGAAAGCCCCAGAUGCCGCUCAACGCUUCACCAGAGGCCACAAGGUGCUGGUCAAGUUCUUCGAUGAGACGGAAAUGAAUGAGUACGAAGUACCCGAUGCCCUGGCACGCUACAGCCUGAAGAUGAGUGGCCUCUAUGGCGAAAUCCUAGCACUCGAUAGUGAUGUCGACUACGUGGGCUACUUGGCGAGCAUUGCCAAGGUGAAUAAGGAGUAUGUCGAGGAUUGGUAUAAGCGCGAUAAAGCCAACAAGGGAAAGUUGGCAAUCGUUAAGCCGAAAACAUUGUGAAAUAUAUACACCUAUAUGCAUGUA